AAUGUUUAUUUAUAUUUAUAGCAAAUUUCGUUUGGUUAUGCAAUUUGUUUUCUAAAAGAGUGAACGAAACUGUUUCGCUUAAGUAAUGCGAAAAUUUUACAUUAUUUAUUAAAUUAACUUGCUGAAAAAAGACAUAUGAUCAUUUCCUGUACCUAUAAAGUAAUUCUGAUUAGAUCUGAUAUGAUCUAAAAGUUUUAAAGUAAAAUGAGUUAUAUUUGAAAUUUAUUACGGAGUUACCUUCUUUAAUGGUGUUGACUUACUUUUAAACCAUGGUGACAGAAAAAGAAUUCUGCUCAAUCUUUGAUUAUUCUUCUCCAUUUAAAUAUGGUGCUGCACACAUUAAAAAGAAGUCAUUUAACCAAGAAUACAGAUCAGUAUUUUCCUACCAGGCAAUUACAAUAUCAGAUGAGGAUUUUGAAAUUGAUCGUAAAGAGAAAUGGACAUCUCUGAUUGUAAGAUAUACGAUUACUUGCAUUCUGUAUAUGUUGGCAGUCUUACUGUUUCCAAUUUCAGUUUUUAUAUGCUUAAAAAAAAUUCAUGCUCUGGAGAGGCUAGUUUUGUUACGACUCGGAAAGUUACAACCAGUGAGAGGGCCAGGAUUUGCAAUUAUUCUACCCUGCAUUGAUAAAUGGGUUAAAGUUGAUUUAAAACCAAAAGGCUUCACCAUUUCACUAUCUCAGUCUCUAACAGCUGAUAGAGCAAUUGUGGAGGUGAAAUCAGAUAUUGAAUAUCGUAUAUCAGAUGUCAUUAAUUAUGUUAUGAAACUUCGUCAGCAGGAAAGCACCUUAAAGGAUUUGAGCCAAUUUUGCCUUGGAAAUAUAAUAUCUGAGAAAGACCAAGAUGAUCUUGAACUUAAGAGAGAAAUUAUAAAUUUUAGUUUCAAGAAUGAACUUAAUCGCAGUGCUUUAAAGUGGGGAUUGGAGAUAAUAAAUGUUAACCUCCAUUCUAUUAAAGUUUUAAAGGCUGCUGAACCAAUUGAUGCCAUUGGAACUUUGAUGACAGCUUUAAAGGCAGCUACAGGGCAAUCUUCUGAUGCAUCACCUCCUAUGUUUCCUUUUAUACCAAACACAACGGCAACAGAAAAUAACUCUGACAUUUCUGAAGCAGAAUCUGCUACUUCUGCAUCAAGUUCCCAUCAAGACAUAUCUAAUUCAGAUGAUAUUCUUGAUAUUUUAAAAUGUGUAACCAAUAAUGUGUAUCAAGAAGGAAAACUGACCAAUUUGAUAGCCAAAUUUCAGCUCGAUAUUCUUGGUGACUCUGUUAGAAAAGUCUAUCUUUGUUUUGAUAAAGACAAUUUCUCCAUCUUUGAAGAUGAUAACUGUACAAUUGUAUGUGAUGUCUACAUUGAGCUAACUGAACAUGUUUUAAGAGAAUUUCUUAAUGGAAAACUCUCUCCUCUAAAUGCUUAUAUGGAUGGUAAAGUUACAGUUACAGGUGACUGGAAGUUGUUGAAAUACUUAGCUUUAAUAUUUCAAUAAUUUUCUUGAAUUUCAUUUAUUUUUUACACAUAAGUUUAAAUAAAAAGCUUAUUGAUUUUAUGUAAAUUUAAUUUAUUUUGUUCAUACUGAACAAAAAUAUGUAGUUUUCAAUUUACAUAUAUAUCAGAGUAAUGUAAAAGCCAAAAAUAUUCUGUGCGCACAAAUAUUAAGCUAAAAAAUUUCUGUAUCAGGGUGUCGUGGUGUAACAUACUUAUGAACAAAGAUUCAGAACAAAAUCAUAUUUAUGUAGCACAAAAAUGCUUUUACAUUGUUUCAACACUAUUGCACACACACACAUUAAUAACACUAUUCCAAAAAUAAAUUGAGAAAUUACAAAAAAAAAAAAAAAAAUUGAAAAUAAAAUUAUUUGGUUUUUUAAGAAUAGAAUGUAAGACAUUGAAAAUUUUUGGCCUUAACGUUGAGACUUUUUGCGCUUGUCUACACUCUAUAAUGUCUUUUGAUAAAUGUAAGCAAUCAUUUUAUUUGUGGUUUUUGUAAAACUUUUUGCUUUUUAAAAGUUUUUAAAAAUUUGUGUUCUUUUAUUUGAAAGCUUUAGAAUAUUAUUGUAGAAUUAUUAGAAAAAAUCAACCUAGUUAAUUUGACUGUGAUAUUAUUAUAUUUAGUUUAUUGUCUAGUCUUUUAAACUUUAUUUUCUUCUGAUUUAGAGUUAUUUUUUUUUUUGGAAAUUUUAAUCUCUUUUGCUAAAUACUUAAUGUUUGUUGUUAAAUAAAAAAAAACUGAUUUUUUUAAAUAGAGAUUUAAUUUAAUUAUAAAUGGAAUGAAAGUAAACAGUGCUAUUUUAACAUUUCAUAAUUUUAUGCUUCAUUAUAGUGUUAUUGCAAAUAAAACAAGCUGUGUUUUUGUCAAUUAUUUUACUAUUUUCCUGAUUCUUCAUUGUUGUGUUAAAAUUUCACUAAUAUUUAUUUUGUUAAAAUUAAAUAUUUAUGGUAUUUUUGUGCACAUUCAAUAUGAUGAUUUCGUCUUAUAAUGUUUGUUUUUAUUUGCACAUCAGAGGUUGUAGUAUCGAGAAUAGAUUGUAACAAUAAUAAAUAAACUGAAAUUUUGCAGUAGCUAAUUGUGCAUAUGUAACCAAUAAUAAUUAAGUUCAUCAUAACUUUUAGUCUCAUGUUUACUUUUAUAUUUAUUUUAAACAUUUUUAUCUUUUAUGUUUUUAUGUGUUUAUCAUAUUAAUUUAUUAAUUUAAAAAUUAUUUUAAGUAUCUGUACAGAAAUGUAUGAAUUCUAGUAUCUAAAACAAAAAUGUAUUAUUUCUUAAUAUUAUGUUGCAUUCAAAAUAAAUAUAUGUAUAUGUUGCUGUUAA